UGAUUAACCCUCCGCUCCUCACGUGCAUCUCUUCUUCUUCUUCUUCUUCACGUCGCUGUUUUUUUUUGGGUUUUUUUUUUUGUUUUCAGGCUAGGGCUGAUAGCUUUUCUUCGUGUUCAGCAUUUUUGUUUUCCCGGUUUUUCCCCUUUAGGUUUGAGAUCCAGGCCAAUCUUCUCCGCCUCUUCUUAACAAUAGAAUUACAAUUUCUGUAUUUUUUUGUUGGUCUUAUUUUUCUUGUUAAUGAUUAAUUUUGGCCCUCUACUGAAGAAUGAGUUAUGGUUGUGAUUUACAAUGCUUAUGAAUUAGGUUGUCUAUUUCUCUGAGAGUCGUUGUUAUGGAAUUAGCAUUUUAAAUCAAUUCUAUUAACUGAGAAAGAAUGUGCUGUGCUGUGCUUUUGUAGACUGAUAGUUUGUUAUAAUUUCAAAUGUUUAAUCCUUCAAUUAUUUGCCUUCAUUCAAUUAUCAAUUUCCUUCCUUCCUGUCAGCCUUGUUUGUGUGCUCUUUGCUUUGGCCAAUCUCACGCCACCUGAACUGGGCUGGUAGAAUCCCAAAACAACAAUUCAAUUUUUUACAACCUUGCUUCCUGUUGAUAAGGAGUCAUGGUUCGUUUUUUUCGUGGUGGAGGAAAAUCUUCUUCAGCUUCUUCUGGUUCAAAGAUUACUAGAAAAGUUGCAGCCAUAUUGAGUUUAUCAGCUCUAAGCAAGAACUUGGAAAAUUUUCCAGGAACGGCGGAGCUAUAUCCAUGUGACAAUGUAGACAAAGAAUAUGAAGAGUGCAAGAGCACAACUCCAACCAGUUAUGAUGCCAAACACUCUGAAAAAAUUCGCAAAACGAAGGCAUCUUGUCUUGAACAAUAUAAGAAAUCUCUCCAGAAAAAGGCAACUGCUGCAGGUUUUGACCGUCCUAUAGAUUACUUGUGGCAUGAAAGGGAAAAGGACCCUCAAUACUGCAAAAUAUCUUAUGAGAUGUACAAGAAGUGCCUUAGCGAGAAAGAAACGAUGUGUGAAUUCAUGCGCAACAAUUGUCCCCAAUUUAAAUAGGCUACUAAAUGUUGCGAUGUUGUUCGCAACUACUUCAUGAAUGUCUGAACCACACUGAAAUCUAUAAAUUAUGCAUCUGAUUGGAGACUAUUGUAUCUAUGGAUGGAGUAAUUAUCCAGUUCAACCAAUGCUUCAUUUUAAGUAGUUUUGCUAGUUAGAGUUUGGUGUGAUAUAUUAAUAUUUAUAUAAUUUGUGUGAUUUAUAUCUAAAGGAACCGGAAUGAGCCAAAAUUUUCUUGCUCUGGCUAAAUUAGGGUGUGCAAGUGAGAGAUGUUUGCAAUUAUAUUUCAUGUCUUGUGAAAUGCUUUGUAAUUUAAAAUAUCGUGUUAUGGUUAAGCAGAUAGAUAAAUGGUGAUUA